AUGGCAGCACCACAAGGGGGAUUCCCCCCUCAGGAAGGCUAUGCCCAGCCUGCCUACGGCACCCCAGAACCCACACAAUCCCCGGUAUACGGGCAAGGCGCACCCGCACCAGCUGCAGGCGGAAAGAAGAAGAGAGCGUACGCCGGUGAGGCAUUUGAUUUCGGUUCUGGCGCCAAUGCCGCGCUAGGUGGACAACCCACGGCUGGGGGUGCUUACGGGGCCUAUCCUCCACAGCCCCAAGUUGUAGGGUAUCAACAACCCGCCUACGGUGCGGACCCCAACAUGAUGCAGCCCGCAGCAUACGGCGCACCUGUUUCCGCAGAUGUCUCGCAGAUGACCCAGCAAUUCGGCGGAAUGGGCAUGAGCGAGCCUCAUCACAUGCCGCCCCCGCAGCCCGUGGCCCAAGCCCCUAUGCGACCUCAAGUCCAGCUCAACCAGCUUUACCCCACGGAUCUUCGAUCCCAACCUUUCAACGUCGCUGAGCUGGACUAUCCCCCUCCUCCAAUUAUUUUACCCCCGGGAACCAGUGUUUACCCGUCGGAAGCCAAUUGCCCUACGAAAUAUAUGCGAUCUACGCUCAACGCUGUUCCCACAACCAACUCACUUCUGAAGAAAUCAAAGUUGCCCUUCGCCCUUGUCAUUCAACCGUAUGCUUCUCUUCACGACGCCGAGGACCCCAUCCCUGUGAUUCCAGACCAAGUCAUCUCACGAUGCCGACGUUGUCGCUCUUAUAUCAACCCCUUCGUUACCUUCCUCGACCAUGGCCACCGCUGGCGUUGUAACAUGUGCAACCUGACGAACGACGUGCCACAAGCCUUCGAUUGGGAUGCUACACUGCAAAAGCCCGCCGACCGUGAGCUCCGUGCCGAUCUCAACCACAGCAUGGUCGAAUUCGUUGCGCCGCAGGAAUACAUGGUCCGACCACCUCAACCGCUGGUUUACCUAUUCUUGAUCGAUGUAAGUUAUGCAUCGGUGACCAACGGUCUUUUGGCCACCACCGCUCGCACCAUCCAAGAGAGCCUCGAUCGUAUCCCGAACGCAGAUCGGCGUACUCGCCUCGGUUUUAUUGCAGUGGACUCAAGCUUGCACUACUUCAGCAUUCCUCGAGACGAUUCCGAGUCUUCGGAGCCCCGGAUGUUGGUUGUCAGUGAUCUGGACGAGCCUUUCCUUCCCAUCCCUGGUGAUCUCCUGGUGACGCUGAGCGAAUGCCGGGAGAACAUUGAGAUAUUCCUCCGCAAGCUGCAAGAAAUGUUCCAGAACACCCAAAACAACAGCUGCGCCAUGGGUGCGGCAUUGCGAGCUGGUUACAUGUUGAUCUCCCCCGUUGGUGGAAAGAUGACUGUUCUGAGCUCAUCUUUGCCUAACACUGGUCACGGAGCGCUCACUAUGAGAGAAGACAAGAAGGUGCUGGGCACCAGCAAGGAAUCGAGUCUGCUUCAAACCGCAAACUCUUUCUACAAGAGCUUUGCAGUGGAAUGUUCAAAAUCUCAAGUCUCCGUGGAUAUGUUCCUCUUCUCAUCGCAAUACCAAGAUGUGGCCUCGUUGAGCUGCUUGCCCCGCUACACUGGUGGUCAAACCUACUUCUACCCUGGCUGGAACGCUGCACGAAGUGAAGAUGCCAUGAAGUUCGCCCGUGAGUUCUCUGACUACCUCUCUUCGGAGAUUGGUCUGGAGGCCGUCCUCCGCGUGCGCGCAACAACCGGUCUGCGUAUGAGCACCUUUUACGGCAACUUCUUUAACCGUAGUUCCGAUCUCUGUGCUUUCCCGGCCUUCCCUCGUGACCAGGCCUACGUGGUCGAGGUGGCCAUUGAUGAGACGGUUACAAAGCCGGUCGUCUGCAUGCAGGCGGCUGUCCUCCACACUACCUGCAACGGUGAACGUCGUAUCCGUGUCUUGACCCUGGCGCUUCCAACGACCCAGAACCUGGCAGACGUCUUCGCCUCGGCUGACCAGCAGGCCAUUGCCACAUUCUUCAGCCACAAGGCCGUCGAGCGCACAUUGAGCAGCGGUCUCGAGCCCGCUCGUGAGGCUCUUCAGGCUAAGAUCGUAGAGCUUCUGCAGACCUACCGCAAGGAGCUCGCAGGUGGUAGCGUUAGCGGCGGUGGCCUCCAGUUCCCUGCCAACUUGCGAGCCUUGCCUGUCCUAUUCCUUGCAAUGAUCAAGAACCUUGGUCUUCGCAAAUCCGCCCAGAUUCCCACGGACAUGCGGUCCGCAGCUCUCUGCCUUCUCUCGACCCUACCCCUGCCGCUCCUCAUCCAAUAUAUCUACCCGAGAAUGUACUCACUCCAUGACAUGCCCGACAACGCGGGUGUGCCUGAUCCACAGACCGGCGAAAUCCUCUUGCCCCCUGCUGUCAACUUGUCUUCGGCUCGCCUCGUGCCCUACGGCCUGUACCUCAUCGACGAUGGCCAGACCCAGUUCCUCUGGGUUGGCCGCGAUGCUGUUUCGCAGCUCAUCGAGGAUGUCUUUGGCGUCCCUGACAAGUCGCAGUUGCGGGUGGGCAAGCAAACCCUCCCCGACGUCGAGAACGAGUUCAACCAGCGUGUGCGGGCCGUGGUUGAGAAGAGUCGGGACCACCGGGCCAAGGGUGUGGGCAGCAUUAUCGUGCCUCACCUGUACGUCGUUCGCGAAGAUGGUGAACCCGGUCUGCGUCUCUGGGCUCAGACAAUGCUGGUGGAGGACCGUGCCGACCAAAGCGUCAGCUUGGAUCAGUGGAUGGGUUCCUUGCAAGAGAAGGUUUGA